AAGCAGCCCUGACACAGUGUGCGCUGCCUUCUCUCCUACCUCCUCCCCCUUCCUCCCUGGCGUCAGACAGCAGCAGCACGCAGGAGCUUUCCCUGACAGUGAGAACGGCUGGUCUUUCCGGACCCAAAUCCAUCCAGUCAUUCACUUCACAAGGAACUGAAUGUGGUUUUAACACAACGCAUCAUUUCACACUAUCAAAACCGAUAAUGUGAAUGUUCGCCUCCCUCAGAGAUACUCAGGAAGCACUUCCUACAGAAACAACCUGAGAUUCUGUCAAGUCUCAUCAAAAGAGUUGGUGCUCCUUCAAUAAGCUGCAUGUCGGAGGAAAUGGAUGAGAAGCUGUGGACCACGCUGAGCCCUGAUGAGUUCCUCCAACUUCACCAGUACAUUGAGUAUUCGACAAAGAAAGUGAAGGAUGUCCUCAGUGAAUUUGAUGGGAAUGGACGGCUCUCCAAGUACAGCACAGAGCAGCAUAUUGAUUUUGAAGGGUUUCAAAUGCUGAUGAAAAUCUACCUGGAUGUGGAUGACAUUCCCAAGCAGUUUUGCCAACACCUCUUUCGAUCCUUUCAGACAAAGCCAAAUGACAAAGAUGCUCAAAUCUCUGAUACAAUCGAUCCCACUGGGCCAGAAGUUGUAUUUGUGAAGGACAUUGUUUGUUACUUAUCCUUUCUGGAGGGAGGCCAGCCUGAAGAUAAGCUCAAAUUUACCUUCAAAUUGUAUGACACUGAUGCCAAUGGACUGCUGGACAGCUCGGAAGUUGAUCGGAUUAUUGCCCAGAUGAUGCAUGUGGCAAAGUAUUUGGACUGGGAUGUGACUGAACUCAAACCUAUUCUGAAAGACAUGAUGAAUGAGAUUGACUAUGACGGGAAUGGGACCGUUUCAUUGGAUGAGUGGAUCAAGGGUGGAAUGACAACAGCUCCGUUACUGGUCCUUCUUGGGCUGGAAGCUAGCCUGAAGGAUGAUGGGCAACAUAUUUGGAGGCUGAAACAUUUCAACAGGCCUGUGUAUUGUAACAUGUGUGAAAACAUGCUGCUGGGCAUCCGAAAGCAGGGAUUGUGUUGUACCUUUUGCAAGUACACAGUACACGAGCGCUGUGCUUCCAAAGCUCCUUCCUGCUGUAUCCGAACGUAUGCAAAAUCCAUCAAGGACACAAACGUGAUGAAACACAUGUGGGUCGAAGGGAACUGUAACAUCACCUGCGACAGUUGCCAAAAAACCAUAAAGAGCUUUCAACGGCUGACUGGUCUUCAUUGCGUCUGGUGCCACAACACCCUCCACAAUGAAUGUGCAACGAAAGAGAAGGAUGACUGUAAUUGUGGACCAUUAAGGGAUCAUGUGUUACCUCCCUCUGUGAUCUAUCCGGUCGUCCUGGACAGGCAGAACAGCCUCAAGAAGAAAGAGGAGGAAGGCUCAGCGUGUGAUACCGAGCAGCCCAUCACCACAGUCGAUGGCAAAGUCUUGCAGAUUAUCCCAGUGCCUCAAACUCACCCACUGCUGGUGUUUGUCAACCCGAAAAGCGGAGGGAAGCAGGGCGAGAGGGUCUUAAGGAAGUUCCAGUACCUUCUGAACCCGAGACAAGUAUUCAACCUGGCCAAGGGUGGUCCAAAUCCAGGACUGAAAUUCUUUCAUGAUGUGCCGAAUAUUCGGGUCUUGGUGUGUGGAGGCGAUGGCACUGUAGGAUGGAUACUUGACUCCAUUGACAAAAUGCACUUUUCUGUGAAGCCACCUGUUGCCAUCCUGCCACUGGGCACCGGAAACGACUUGGCACGGUGUUUGCGGUGGGGAGGAGGAUACGAAGGGGAGAAAUUAAUGAAAGUCCUGAAGGACAUUGAGGGGAGCUCGUCGAUGCUGCUCGAUCGCUGGAGCUUCGAGGUGACUGAAUCUGCCCCUGAGAAGGGCGACCCUGUCCCUUACAACAUCAUCAACAACUACUUCUCAAUUGGAGUGGAUGCAUCAAUUGCUCAUCGAUUUCAUGUAAUGAGAGAGAAGUAUCCGGAAAAAUUUAACAGCAGGAUGAAGAACAAGCUGUGGUACUUUGAGUUUGCUACCUCAGAAACCGUCUCGGCCACGUGCAAAAACCUGCAGGAAGUGUUGGAGAUCGAAUGCUGUGGGACCCUCCUGGACUUGAGCAGCCUGUCGCUGGAGGGAAUCGCCAUCCUCAACAUUCCUAGCAUGCACGGCGGCUCCAACCUGUGGGGUGAAAACAAGAAAGACAACAAGGCCUUGCCAAACAAAACAUACGCAGCAAUAACUGACGCUGAGGCCCUCAAGUCGUGCAUGCAAGAGUUGAGCGAUAAGCUGCUAGAAGUGGUGGGCCUGGAAGGAGUGAUUGAAAUGGGGCAGAUUUACGCGGGACUGAAAAGCGCUGGGAAACGGUUGGCUCAAUGCUCUGACGUCAUCAUCAGGACAAAGCGGUUGCUGCCAAUGCAGAUUGAUGGUGAGCCCUGGCUGCAGCCACCAUGCACGAUUACGAUUUGCCACAAAAACCAGUCUCCGAUGCUGAUGGGUCCAUCCACCAAAUCCGCAGGGUCCAAGAAGUGAGCUGACCAAGGCCGGCCUGCAGCUGCUAGAUUCUUGAAGCAAUCAAGAUUCUCCUUGUGUCAGACUCUUCAGUUUCUGAGAUUCUUUCACUGCAUUCUCACUCCAAGAUACGAGACCUGCCAACUCGCCAACUCGCUUUCCUCAACCCGACCUUUCGAUGCACAGAUUCUUCAGGUCCAUACACGACUGCUUUCACUGUCUGUCCCGACCGGACACAUCUGUUUAAUCCACACUGUAGCAUGUGAGUGCAGCUCUUCCAAUUUGUCGAACUCACCAAUCUGCUGGAAUCACAACGUUGCUCCAACACUACCAUAUGACUCUUGGACUGACAUUGAGAAAUGUCUGGAGUACCUUUGAGGAAUGAACCGUGUCUUUGCAUGCGUUCGGGGCAAUGACUUCAUCGCACAUUCGUUGCAAAUUUCCAUUCACCCGAGCAGCAAGUGAUAUCUUAGGAGGUACUUCUUCUGCUGUGCAAGGAGAAUUUAAUUUGAUGCUUCUUUGAAAGAGGAUUACUGAAACACCCAGCAGCCAACUGAGAACAAUGUGGUUUAAUUUUUAUUUUCAUCUGGGUGCCCCAAUAAACAAAUCACAUUUCUGCAUGAGGAUAACUCAACUGGUUGUGAGAGAAGGAUCACUUGUAAUAUUCACCCCACUGAAUAACAUAGACCUCUCUAACCAGGUAUAAUUUGAAUGCUUCACUGUUUGAUAAUGUGACACUGUCAGUAAGAUUAGAUAUAAUUAUGAAGAGCUUGUGUGACGGGUGCUGGAAGGGUAGUAUUAGCCAUUAGGUAUGAGAAAUCAUUCUUUGGAAAGCUUUCCUGUUUCUUGCUCAAAUUCUGCAUUCACAGCUUGCAAACUACACGAAUGAGCAGCAUCAUUGGAGAGUCAGCGUGAUGGGGGAUUUGGUACCUAAAGCAGCUCACAGUGAGGGGUGUUAUGGGAGGUGACUUGUCCGAGCAGAAUUGAUUGGAUGGUCAUUGAGACGUGAAUGUUUGAAAGGAGAAGAUGAAAAUGAGCAAAUGCUUUAUGUUAGUGGAAUGUAUGUCCAAUGUUGUAACAGGAGUCAAGAGGAAAGGGGUUGGAUCAUGGGCAGUCUACAUACUAGGAAUAAAAUGGGCUUUGGGUUAUGGGUUCACUUUAAUAAUAAUGUUAAUGGGAAUAAUCACAUGGAAUAUGGACAGAUAGAUACAUCUCUGAAGGGCCAAUGGCCAAGUGAUAUUGAGGGGGGCCUGACAGCUGUAGCAUGGAGUAGGGUUGAGGAUUGCUUCACUGUCCUUGCUGUCUGACUUUCUUCGAUGGAGUUGUGUGUGGGUUUUACAUACUGAACGUUUAGGUGCAAGGAUGGAGGGGGCCGAUACAGACUGGGACACAUGAGACGUGGCAAAGGAGAAGUUUGUAGGUCCAGGUACUGGACUGAUUCAGACUAUUGGCACCUCCCACCCACCUUGGGCCUAGCCCGAAACCCUCCAUGUUCUGCUGAAUUUGUGGCGAUGUGGGUUCGAAGCUGGUUGGAUUUUCUGUCUGUAUAUUGAGGUGCAUGGAUGUAAGGGGUGUAAACAAAUUGCACAGUCACCUCUUCGGUUGAUACAUUUUGUAUUU